CUCUCUAUAUAUAUCUGGUGCAUGAACUUGUAACCAUUUGAAUUCAAAGCUAGUCUAUUGCAACCCAUCAAUUUUCUUCCAUCUUUCUUUCUUUCUUUCUUUCUUUGCUUUCAAGCAUUUGCCGGGCGUCAGGGUUUUGGUGGUGCAAAACGAAGGAAGGGAAAUAAUUACAUUUUUCUUUGGAGAGUCAAGAUGAAGAAGAGCAACACCGAGACAUCCAAGCUUGAUAGAAAAACAGUGGAGAAAAAUCGGAGGGUUCACAUGAAAGAUUUAUGCUUCAAGCUUGCUUCUCUAGUUCCUCAUCAUUUUUUCAAACCCUCCAAGGAUAUGCUAUCUCAACAAGAUCAACUUGAGCUUGCUGCCUGCUAUAUAAAACAAAUGAGAGAAAGAGUAGAGAAGCUGAAGAGGGUGAAGGAACAAGCAAUCACAACAGUUCAAACAAGCAGGAGUGGCAUGACUAGUAUGAUGAUUGGCUUGAGAUUGCCAGUGAUUGAACUAAGAGAUUUUGGGUCGAGCAUAGAAGUGGUGUUGGUUAGUGGGUUGAACAAGAACUUCAUGUUUUAUGAAGUUAUUACUGUUCUUAGCGAUGAAGGAGCUGAAGUUGUCAGCGCUAGCUAUUCAACUGUGGGUGAUAAGGUUUUCCACACUAUUCAUGCACAGGUUAGAAUUUCCAGAGUUGGUGUGGAGACUUCAAGAGUGUGGGAAAGAUUGCAAGAACUGAUUUCCUAAGAGUUUGUAUAUGGGAGGGUAAAUCGGCAACUGAAAAAUGAAGAGCUCCAUCAAGCUGGUGAGAUGUUUAAAAAUAUUAUGUGAAUUUCCUCUCAGUGAUGGGAAAUAUGUGAGAUAUUUUGUACUCAAGGGUGUGAUAAAAUAAAAGAGAAUUGUUGUAACCAGCAUUACAUCAAACCGAUAGGUGUACUGGAGCCCUAGGCCAUUUCAUACCUUGAACUCCUUGGAAAUUUAAUAUUUCAAUGUAAUGCAAUUAUUAUGUUUGAUACA